GAGGAGGGGUCUCAUCUUCUCUUCUCUCCUCUCUCCGCUGCUUUCUACCAUCUUUUCCCCUUGACUUCUACCCGUACUUGACCAAUUGUCAAUGUUAAUAGAAAUACCAUACAGGGACCAUGGUUCCCUACUUUCACGGUGAUAAGUCAUCAACAACCCUUCCACCUGCCAAGGAACCAUCCGCCGCCCUACUGUGGCGAAGAUCAGAUAUGCCAAGACAACGGUCAAACACAUAUAAAUUGGCAGGCCCAUCACCGCCUUUCCCCCUUUCCCCUCAACAAACCGAGACCACCAACUCAAAUCAUCGUCAGCUAGUAUUUUGCCCCACUCAGCUGGCGACUCCGAUGCGUGUGUCGAGACCAAAACAGGUUUCUGAAACCCUCCUCUAAAACCGUUGCUACGAGGAGUUCGUCCUUUUGGACUGAUGCUCUCAUGAAAUGGGGACGACCUGAAGAGAGGGACAUUCUCGCCUGUGGCGAUAAUGAUGUUGACGAUGAGCUCACUUACAAGAUGGAUGAGAAUUGGGGUGUCCGAAUCCGGCGCGUCCCAAUUCCUGGUAAUGACACGUACUAUCAAAUCUGCUGUUUCAGUAAGUCCAUCCAACCCCGCCAUCCAUACCUUCCCACGAGACAGCGUUCCCGAGAUGAUGAUACGUACGAGCUCUGGUAACCCGAGUCAACCGCUCCUGGCUUUUAUGGCCUCUACACACGAGCCGGAUGGAAAUGACGCUUGAAAGGCACAGACUGAUCCGAGAACUGCCGUCUUUCUAUUCAUCCCAAUCCCUUCAUCGUCCAGUACUGUUACUUUUCCCCUCGCUAAUAAGAUAGGCAAGAAAUUUCUAGUGGUCACACAACAUCGAACAGGAUACACGCAUGGGGAAGUUAAGGGGAAACGUUUUGUGCUCCUGCUGGCUGAACUGAUUCGUCAUCUGAAGAAGGUUCAAUCAAUACAUGCAUUCCGUCGGUUGCUUGUCCCAGCUGUGGUUUCCCCGUCGGGGCUGGUUUGUCGGAUGCCUGCCUUAGCGUUUGAAUCUGAUCCCGCGACGAGGGGACUUGCGUGAAAGCUUUCUACUCGGGCGCUUUACGGGGACCAUUUUGACUCCGGUUCCUUAUAUACCACAUCGCCCUGACCAGAGUUACAAUCCGUUGCUACACCCAAAUAGUUGUCAUGAUGGAGGGGUUUACCAGUUUUUGCCGGUAUUCGGUACGGGGGUCCCAGGCCCAUUGGGGCAUUCGGGACUUGCCAUUCUGCGGUAUUCUAGCUAGCUAGGCAGCAUAGUUACAUAUUAAAAGGUUCAAUAUACUUUCAUCUCCCCC